UCUGGCUCGUAUAUAUAAUUCUCUUUUCAGUUUCCUUUUGUUGCUAAAAUUGGUAUUCCGAUUCUCACUCCUGAUCUUAUUCUCCAAGGAGCUAGGGCAUAGUUUAGAAGAUUCCUUAUUAGGCGGUGGUGGUGCACAAAUAAAAGUGGCGUCUCUUGACAUCCGCCGCACACAAAGAGAUACGAACACUAUUUUUGAUCAUGGCGGACACAAAGAAGAUGGUAACCUUGAUGAGUUGUGAUGGAGAAACUUUUGAGGUUGAAGAAGCUGUUGCACUUCAAUCUGGCACGAUUAAGCAUAUGAUUGAAGAUGGUUGUGCUGAUAAUGCUAUACCUAUACCAAACAUAACAAGCAAUAUCUUGGCUAAAGUUAUAGAGUAUUGCAAGAAACACGCCGAAGAAACCCCUCAAGGAGAUGCUCGGCGUCGAUAUACUGUGGAAGAAGAUCUUAAGAAUUGGGAUGCUGAGUUUAUUAUUAAGGUCAAUGACUACAUCCUGUUCGAUCUUAUCUUAGCAGCAAAUUAUCUGAACAUCAAGGACUUGUUGGAGCUGACUACCCAGAAGGUUGCAGAUACGAUCAAGGGUAAGACACCAGAGCAGAUCCGCAAGUAUUUCUACAUUAAGAAGGACUUCACCCCAGAGGAAGAAGCUGAGAUUAUGAAGGAGUACGGUUGGGCUUUCGAAUGAAUUAUCAAUGUCAGUACUACUAGUAAUGUAGUUUGGUGUUUUAUUUUAUUUUAUUGAUUUACUUGAUUUGAUUUGAUUGUUAGAAUGAAAUUUUGAUGUUGUUAUUUUGAUAAUUUAAAGCAAGUUUUUUAAAUGAACCCUGAAACAAUAACUGGUACUAUUAUCUUCUGAAGAUUUU